AGCUGUGUUCAGUUUAAAAUGUUGAAUCUGAGAACAGUGAACCUAGACUCUUCUUACAAGAUUGGAUCUUUACAAGUUGAAGUACAUCCAGGGGGAGUUGUAACACCAAGGAAAGAAUCCGCGGAGCAAAAUACAAAAAUGCGCGAGCUAAGUCAACGCACUGUUCUGAGAGAGUUAAGUCCUGUAUCGGUUCGAAUGGUGGGGGGAGGAGGAGGACAGCAGACGCGUUCUAGAGAAACAUCUCCAAGAGACUUGAAGCUUGUUCACAAUCAUAGGAUAGAAAAAGAACCCGAUCUGGAAUAUGAAAUUGACCAUUGUAUUGAACAACGAUAUUCAAAUUCAAAUACAUGGACAAAUCAGAACCGUAUCCCUGGACAGUGUAUAAACCAGAGAUUAUCCCUGAGGAGUACGAACUGUAGCAAGGAAGAGAAGUAUUCUGAGUCCCCAGGUCUGGAAAAUGUUUCGAAAGAAGCGUGCAGGAAAGAGCAUCAACGAACCCAGAAAUCUCAUCAGAAAUCACAAGGAUUCACAGGAUCUAGACGUCAUAGUAGAAGAAAACAGUAUGCAGAAUCACAUCUUAGAAGUAGUGAUCUGUUGAACAAUUAUGAAGAGGAUGAAGAUGAAGAUAUUCGGUGCACUGGAUGUUUAGCACAUUUCAACAAAUGUCUCAGACUAGAUGGAGAGGAUAAAGAGGAUAUAGUGAAUACAGAGGAGGAGAAGGCUGCUCAGACAAUAAUAAAAAUACAAAAACAUUUCAAGGAUGAUGAUGUAAGUCCUGUGAAUAUGAUAGAUUCUAAUCUGUCAACUUGUAUAUUAUUCCUUGGUAUACUUGUUCUACUUCUCAUUCUCACAUUUCUUACAUUCAGGUUGAGUGGACGGGUUGAGUCCCUGGAGUCCGUCUGCUCCCAACUAUCUGACUACCUGGAGCUACUUAGCGAGAACAGGACAGAAUCCAACCUACUUGAAGAGAGGAAAAAUCCAGGCAUAAUAAAAGGAAAGCAAAGAAAAAGCAAAGGAUACGGGAAUAGUUAACAAGAUCAUCCUGAAGAGUAAACCCUGGGUAAUCAGCAAAUGCCAACAAUGUUGUUAUCACUAUCUGAUAACAAUUUUGUUAUAUGAUAACAACAUUGUUAUCUGAUAACAGAAUUGUUAUCAUUAUAUGAUAACAGCAUUGUUAUCCUGUAUGUUAAAAGCAUUGUUAUCAUUAUAUGAUAACAAAAUAUUUGCUUAUAUUUGUAUAUACAUUUCACGCACCUCUGACCCUCCAGUAAAAUUAAAUUCAACCUG